AUGGGUAAAAAUAUCGUCGUAUUGUGUGAUGGUAUUUUGGCUGGUUCGAAUUCCAGAACUAACGUUUAUGCAUUAUAUAAGGAAUUACUUGAGAAAAAACACAAACAACAUGUUACAUAUAUAAACGGGGUUGGAAACGGAAAAGUGCCCCCGAAUUUUAUCAGAAACGGAGCGGCAGCUAUAAUUCUCGACAAAAAAAUCAAAGAAGGUUACAGAUAUAUAAUUAAUCAUUAUAAUCCUGGUGAUGAUAUAUGGCUAUUUGGUUUUAGUAAUGGUGCCUACAUUGUUAGAUGUAUUGCUGGAAUGAUACGUAAUUGUGGAAUAUUAAAACUUGAUCGGAUUAUUACACCUGAAAUUGAUAAACGUAUUGAUCUAGCUUAUGAUAUUUAUCGUAAUCGAGAUAUGAUUUAUCACCCGGAUGGAAGUGGUUCUUAUGAUUUCAAAAAGUCAUUCAGUUAUCCUGAUUCUGAAAAACCAAUUAUAAAAUUUCUCGGACUUUGGGAUACUGUUGGUAUUCAUGGUUUACCCGGUUACGUAAUGGAAAGUCUUAAAUAUUUGGAAUUUUAUGAUAUGACUGUAUCUCGUAUAGUUAAUUUUGCAUGUCAAGCUUUAGCCAUUCAUGAAAAUGCUUAUUUAUUGGAACCUUAUCGUAUACUUCCAAAUAGUUCUGGUACGGUUACUAUCAAAGAAACUUGGUUUCCUGGUAUACAUGAUGAAAUAGGAGGUGGAAUUGGUGGUAAUAAAAGAAUAUCUAAAGCAACUAUUUUAUGGAUGAUAGAAUAUAUCGUACAAGUUGGAGGUUUAUUAAUGUAUAAUGAUAUUGAGACUUAUCGUGUUCGUUUCUCUCCAGAUUCUGGACCUUCUUGGAACAUAAGAAAUCUUUUAUUCGAUCGUAAAAAUGACACUAUCCCAAAGUUUAUGUUAAUGGAUAGAAUUAUUCCAUUAGAAUUAGAUCCUAGUAAAAAAUGUCUAAGAAAAGAUUUACUUUAUAGAGAUGGUGACUGGUUAAUUCCAUUUGAUACUAGAUCUCGUCUAAUUACUCAAUAUGCUUCAAAUACAUAUGAAGAAUUACGUAAAAUUAUGGAAAAAAAGGAUAUUAGUUUGUAUAACAAUAUAAAAUAUGAUAAAGAUGAGAAGGAACUCGAAAAGUCUCGUUUAGCUCGUUUAUAA